UCCCGCCAACAUUAAUCGCCAAAAUGAAUUGCAAGUAAUCGCUUCCCUAGAUUAGGGCACAGGUCUGGUCUCCAUUGGAGUUCAGGACUUGAAGCCCUAAAAGCUUGUCAUCAGUUUCAGGUGAGGGGACGAAGAAUGGGAAUACAAGGCCUUUUGCCCCUUUUGAAGUCGAUAAUGGUGCCCAUCCACAUCAAGGACUUAGAGGGCUGCUCUGUUGCAGUUGAUACUUACUCUUGGCUCCACAAAGGCGCUUUGUCUUGCAGUACUCAGCUCUGCAAAGGAUUACCCACCUCCAGGCACAUUGACUACUGCAUGCACAGAGUAAAUUUGUUGCGGCAUUAUGGUGUUAAACCUAUUCUUGUCUUUGAUGGUGGUCUCCUGCCGAUGAAGAUUGAACAAGAGAACAAGCGUGCAAGAAUAAGGAAGGAGAAUCUUUCACGCGCCAUUGAGCAUGAGUCAAAUGGAAAUUCUGCUGCAGCUUAUGAGUGCUAUCAGAAGGCUGUUGAUAUUUCACCUUCAAUUGCUCAUGAACUAAUCCAGAUCUUAAAGCAGGAGAAUGUUUGUUAUGUUGUGGCUCCUUAUGAGGCUGAUGCACAAAUGACCUUCUUGGCAGUAAGCAAACAAGUUGAUGCAGUCAUCACUGAGGACUCUGAUCUUAUACCAUUUGGUUGUCCCAGACAAUCUUUUUUCCUAGUUCAGAUUAUCUUCAAAAUGGACAAAUAUGGGCAAGCUGUUGAGUUCCAUUAUUCCAGGCUCAAGCAGAACAAGGAGCUAAGUUUUUCAGGAUUCACCCAUGAAAUGCUUCUUCAGAUGUGCAUUUUGAGUGGUUGUGAUUAUUUGCAGUCAUUGCCAGGAAUGGGACUUAAAAGGGCUCAUGCAUUAGUUAAUAAAUUCAAAAGUUAUGACAAGGUAAUCAAGCACCUGAGAUAUAGCACAGUGUCUGUUCCUCCUCUUUAUGAAGAGUCUUUCCAGAAAGCAAUAUGGACCUUCCAACAUCAAAGGGUUUAUGAUCCGAUAACUGAAGAUAUUGUACAUUUGUCUGAUAUAUCUGAUAAUCUUGGAGACAAUUUGGACUUUCUAGGCCCAUUGAUACCACAACAUAUUGCUAGAGGAAUAGCUAAAGGUGAUGUGGAUCCCUUUACGCAAACGCCAUUCAAGGAAGAAAAUACUAGUUCUGGAGCAGUGCUUAACAGGACGUCUGAAUCCAAAAAUUUUAGACCUGAAAGUGGAAAGAAAAAGGUAGACUUGCCAGUGCAGAAGAAUCUCCUGACCAAGUACUUUUGCUUUGCAUCUCUUGAAGCAAAGAGAGAAUUCAGGGCUCCUCGAACAUCACCUAUAAAUUCCAGUCCGGUAGAUAAAUCUUCUCCCGGUCCCAAGGAAAAUUGCAGUGUUGAGGCUGCAUCUAGUAGUAUACACUGCUCUUCAGAAUCCCCACUCGACUCUGAAAAUGGAGGAAGCACCCCACCUGAUGAUACAGUGGAAAGUGGGUUUGCUGCUGAAGUUCUUGAAUUUUCAGAGUCUCCAACUCUUGGCAUGACCGAUGAGAAAGGAAGUUUCGAUGACAAUUUGCCCCAACAAUUUGUGCAUUCGAUGCAUAAACCUUAUCAAGCUUUACUAAAGGAGUGUGAUUGUAAGAAUGUUCAAAUGCCAAAUGCAGUUGAAGACGAAAGAACAGAGAACAAAAAGGUCAUUGUACGGAGUUCUUAUUUUAAUCAGAAAUCAACAAACAAGAGUGCUGAAGAUGAUAAUCAAGAAAAGCUCUUAGUCAAGAAUGAUGUUUCCUAUGAUCCAUGUGAUAAUGUCAUGCUUAAGAGUUCUUACAAGACUAAAACAGCAAACAACAAGAUUGUCAUAAGGAGCUCUUAUUUUCAGUGCAAGCCAGUGAACAAGAAUCGUCAAGCAAAUGAACAAAGAAGGGUCUUAGUCAAGGAUGAUGCAGCAAUGGGUAGUGAAAUGAAGGAUGAUGUCAUUCUUGAAAGUGCUUCUUUAGAGAAUAAUGGCAUCCCCAUGAAAAGAAAGACCUCACCAAAUGUAACUGUUCAAAGACUUCAGGAGAAUAUGAAAUCCAAGCACAUGCGUGCAGAUGCAUCACUUUCUGAGAAUGGGUGCUGUUCUCCUAAUCUUGAUGAAACACAUACGGGACAAAAGACAGAAGGAAAAUUUGGAUCUGACAUUUCACAUAUAGACGAUUAUUCUGCCAUAGCAGAGAAAUCUAUGGAGAGAUUUGUUUCAGCCAUAUCAUCAUUUAGAUUCUCCAAAUCUGGUUCUCGUGCUAGUGGUCUUCGUGCCCCUCUAAAAGAUGUUCAAAACACAUGUACCAGUAGAUCAAAUGCUGGUGUGGAUUUUAGCCAUUUUGCUUAUACAUCAACCAACAAGAAGAGUCAGACUGGUCUAGCACUGGACAGAUGCUGAAGAACAUGGAAUGGAGAAUGUAUAUUGGCUGGGAGUCAUAACUCAUUUCAAUAGCAAGAACUUUGGAUUCUAUUUUUCUCUGGAGAAGGGCCAACUUGACAAAAAAAAAUUCAUUUUGGAUUACUUGAUGCGUUUAAUGGCACUACCAGCUGUACAAUCGAUGUUCCUCAUACCAUGUUUUUGUUAGUAGAGACGUUACAUUUUGAUUCUUUGUAAUUUGAUUUUCAUUUAAGGGAAACCCUUAUUUGCAAAGUGUCCCAAAGAAUCUGAUUUCUGUAUUCUUAUUACUUGUGUGAGCAUAGGUAGAUAAGGAAUUGAAACAUCAAGAAUCAAUCGUAGAAUAGUUCUACAAGUUUUGGUAAGUGGCACACUUCCUUUGGAAUUGCAGAAUGCAAAAACUAAUUGAUGAAUAGAAGUCCAUUUCCAGCAUGUUUCUGCUGGUUGUUUA